GAUGGUGAUGGGUUCUGUUAUGGUGAUGGGUUUUGUGUUGUGAUGGUGAUGGGUUCUGUUAUGGUGAUGGGUUUUGUGUUGUGAUGGUGAUGGGUUUUGUGUUGUGAUGGUGAUGGGUUCUGUUAUGGUGAUGGGUUUUGUGUUGUGAUGGUGAUGGGUUCUGUUAUGGUGAUGGGCUGUUGUGAUGGUGAUGGGUUCUGUUAUGGUGAUGGAUUCUGUGAUGGUGAUGGGUUCUGUGAUGGUGAUGGGUUCUGUUAUGGUGAUGGGCCGUUGUGAUGGUGAUGGGUUCUGUUAUGGUGAUGGGUGUUGUGAUGGUGAUGGGUUCUGUUAUGGUGAUGGGGUUCUGUGGUGGGUUUUGUGGUGGUUGUUCUGUUAUGGUAAUGGUCUGUUGUGAUGGUAAUGGGGUGUUGUUAUGGUAAUGGGGUUCUGUGAUGGGUUCUAUGGUGGGUUUUGUGGUGGUUAUUGGUUCUGUUAUGGUGAUGGGGUUCUCUUAUGGUGAUGGGGUGUUGUGAUGGUGAUGGGUUCUGUGAUGGGGUUCUGUUAUGGUAAUGGGGUUCUCUUAUGGGUUCUGCAGGUUCUUGUUAUACACACUCUUCUCCUCAUGAGUUUGAAACACGUCCACUCUCAGAAUCACUCAACAGACACUGCUGGAUGUGAGGAGGAGGAUGUGUUGUCCGUGCGUGCGGGGGAGGCCCUGUGUGUGUGUGUGAUCUCUGAGCUCUGCAGUGAUUGGCUGGACAUUCCUGAUGACCCCGCCUACAUCUGGACCCGUGAUGGAGUGACCCUCACACACACACACACACACUCGACCCUCACACACACACACUCUCAUCGCGUCCACACACACGGAAAAGCUCUGCUCUUCCUUCCCCUCAUGCUGAACGACUCUGGAGUUUACUAUCUACACAGGCUUGAAAUGGGACGUAAGGUGUGUGAGGCUGAAAAAAACAUAAUUGUGAUGGACGUCCCCCUUGGACACGAAGAUCUCCUAUUCAGAACCCCUCCAACACAGGAUGUCAGCCCAAGCCUGGAAUGCCCUGAUGAAACCUCUGAUCUGUGUGACAGUGGCCGUGGGCACAUCACCUGGUAUAAGGAUUCCCAGCUGCUCCCAGGUGAGUCUGGGAAAAUUGUGAGGGUUCUGAAUGCGAUUGAGUCGGACGAAGGGGUUUACACCUGUGUGUGUACCUGGCAACACGGCAAACACACCUUCAACACCUCCGACUCUACCAGACUGGAGCUGGAAGAACACUCUACCCUUCUUCAACCUAAAAUCAUACAUCCUGCCAACGGAUCCACAGUCACCUGCCAACUGGGGUCUGGUGUGGAGCUGGAGUGUUCUGGCUCAUGUGGGUCCGUCACGCAGCACUGCAACGUCAGCUGGGACACACACACACACACUGGACACACACAACACUUCAGCAGCGAGGACAAAGGCAGUAUGCGUGUGUAUAAAGCAGUGCUGGUCAUCAGUGAGGUGUCUCAUGAGGAUCUGCACACACACUUCAGAUGCACAGCCUCCAACCCUGCUGAGUGGACAUCAGUGACCAUCGCUCUCAAACAAAAAGAGUCCCUCCUCUCUGUGGUCCAUGUGUGUGCAGGUGUGCUGCUUUUCCUCCUCUUGGUUGUCAUGGCAGUGAGAUGGUUUGCAAUCGAUCUCACUCUUCUCUUCCAAUCAGCUCGAAGGACUGAAGACGGUAAGGUGUAUGACGCGUACGUGGUGUAUCCGAGGGAGUGUGUGUGCGGGGACGCUAUAACGGAGUGUGUGUGUGAAGACGCUCUCUCAGUGUUCCUCAACUCCAGCUUGCCAGCGGUUCUGGAAGACCAGUGCGGCUACAAACUCUUCAUUCACGGAAGAGACGACCUACCUGGAGAAGAUCAGGCAGAGCAGGUGGAGAGGUGCAUGCGCCUCAGCCGGCGACUCCUCGUUGUCAUGACAACAGUGGCGUCAGGUGGGGCGCAGGUGGUGGCCCCGCCCCUGGAGCAGUUUGAUUGGCAGAUGGGGCUCCACCGCUCUCUGGUGCAGGAGGACAUGAGUGUCAUCAUGGUGCAGGUGGGGGAGGGGCACACACACACACCCCCUGGGCUGCAGCUGCUGCUGAAGAAGAACGCCCCCCUCAGGUGGGAGAUGGGAGUGCGAGGAGCAAACUGCCCCACCUCACGCUUCUGGAAGAGAGUCCGCUACAUGAUGCCCCCCCCACCACCAACACCACCAUCAGACAACCAGAGUCUCCACACCAUCCAGCUCAUCUAGAGAUCUACACGCACACACACACACACACACACACACACACACACACACACACACACACACACACACACACACACAC